AUGUGGCCAGUUCACGGAUGGCGGCAGCUUGUGCGUGUGCCAGCGACGCUGCUGAGGCAGCCAGCCGCAGCAGCCACCUCCGCCGCAUCGUUUCAUACCAGUGUACCUGCUAUGGAGAGCAAGCGCAAACGCGCAGCACGUCUUCGGCGUCAGGCUAACUUGGCCCAGCGCGAAGUGAAGCAGCGCCUCUUUGACAUGUCAAAGCCUGACCCUGUGUUGGGUCACCAGCUAAAUGAUGAGGGUCGUGCGCUGUGGGAAAACUCGGAGCUGGCAAAGCUCAUCCUUUCGAAGGAAGAAGUAUGGGGCGUGCAAGAAGACCGCCGUGGUCAGUUGCAGCCGGUAGCGCCGACGCCGCGUGAUGAGGAUGCGAAGCUUGAAGAGGUGAUGGAGAAAUAUGGCGGUCCUCGCCGUCUCAACUUCGGCAUGGAUGAAACCGACCGUCGCACUUUGUUCCAAUCGCUACCCCGCGUCAUGACGACAGAUCGUGCGUUGGACUCGGCAGGUUCCGAUGCCAUGGUCGAUGAUCUGCAGCAGCUUGAGGCAGAGCAGGCGCAAAGUGCCGAAACGCUCUCGCGCAUCUUGGAUUUGCGCAAUGCCAGUGGCCGGGGCAUUCAAGUGGAAAACACACGCCGUAUUAUCGAGCACUUCGGCCGCCCUACCUCGCAUGGCGGUCCUGACACAGGCUCGCCUGAAGUGCAGGCAGCGCUACUGACAUACCGGAUCCGUAACCUGACCGAGCAUUUGCUGCACAGUCGGCACGAUAACAGUAACCGCCGCUCUAUGCGUCGGAUGGUGCAUCAGCGCGCCAAGAUUCUACGAUACCUCAAGUCCCGGGACCCGAUUCGGUACUUGGCUUUCCUGCCGCGCAUUGGUGUCGAGGCCCGCGGCGUGGAAGGUGAGCUGGUUGUCCCUGGCAAACCCAAAACCAAGCGAAUUUAA